AUGUGUCAGGUUGAACAGGAUACAAAUUCAGAGAGAGAUGAAGCGCACAAAGGAUUUAAAGGUGCAGCCGAAAAUAUGAUUGACACUACCGUUAAAAAAUUGCCUCAGUUAAAUAUUGGUAAUGGUGUUUUGGUAAGCAUACCCAAAGUUGAUCACGCGAAAAAUAUUCAAGACAAAGUUAUUGAUAUAAGUAAGGGCGUUCAUAAAUUUGGAACUAAGUAUGGCACUAUUCAAAACUGGUUUUCACGGCAACAGUUGCAGUACUCGGAUACAGACAACACUGAAAACUAUAUAGUUAAAAGUAUAGAUGAUGAAAUAUCAGAACACCUUAUUUCUUUGAGAGAAGCUGUGGCAAGUCAGUCACCUUUCGGUGGCCAGGGAUUCCGAAAAUGUAAUUUUCUUUGCGGAUCCAAAUGCCAUGGAAGUUUAAGUUGUAUUAACAAAUAA